AUGAGAGAAAGCUAUCUGGACGUGCCUUCGCAGUAUUCGCUGUUCAGAGAUAUUAUAUCAAAUGAUAGCUUCCAAUCCCUCACGCUGAGGCAGUUACUUAAGUGCAAUGACCGACCUCUUUUGAUGAAACGUUUUCGCCGGGGAAAGUACUGGAUAAUGGAAAAUGUGGUAGUUGGAAGAAAAAGUCGACAUAUGGGCUGCGCCGAUUCCAUUACCUUCACAACCCAUGGGGACUACAGCUUCGUCGACAGUCUGGAAACGCUGGUUGGACGCUGGCUGGCGCCCAUCAGCUUGGCCAUAUUUGCGCCAGGACACGAUAUAAUUGCCACGUUGGAGGCCAUUCAGUAUGUGCGGAACUGUGUGCCGAAGUCCGAUCUCGUCUCGGACUUCGUUACCUUCCACAUUUACUUCCCCUAUAGGCAUAUGCCUGAGUAUGUUCCCUUAAAUGAGACCGAAGCACUAGAAUAUCCGUAUUCGUGUGCAGCGACCGAUAUAAUCUUUGGAAAGCCUUCCAACAUGAAUCGCCCCCGCGAGGAGAUGUACAGAUUGCAACAAAAUCUAUCCUACCCCAUAAAUGUUGGUCGAAACAUUGCCCGCACGGCGGCCAACACUCAUUUCAUUUUCGCUUGCGACCUGCAGCUCUUUCCCAGCCUGGGGUUUGUUGAUCAAUUCCUGGACAUGGUGGAUCGAAAUCAUAGUAUAUUGUUACUGGAUCCCAAAACGCAGCAACCACGCGUUUAUCCUGUGCCUGUUUUUGAGCUGCGCAAUAACGAAAGCCUGCCCAACAAUAAAACCGAGCUCUUGGAGCAGGUGCCCGAUCAAAAGCGUUGGCUGAGACGAAAUCCAAACCUAACGGACGAGCUGCAGGUAUUCAGCGUAAGCACGCGGACGGGUAAGUUUCGAUCCUGGGAACCAUUCUAUGUAAGCGACAAUGCGGAGCCACUGUUCGACGAGAAGGUAUCCUGGGAGGGUCAGUCUAGCAAGCGUGUCCAGGUGAAAUGA